UCGUUAUGUUGGGUCUGGCUCGGGCCCUGCUGCUUUUUCUCUGCUUGCCUUCCUCCGUUUUGUCCUCCAAUCAUCAUUUCCUCCGGCCCAAUGUCACCUUCAACCACAUGGCGUACGACCCCGGCUCGGGCUCGAUCUACGUCGGGGCCGUCAACUGGAUCUUCCAGCUCUCCCCGGACCUCCAGCUUCUGGCCGAGGACUCCACCGGUCCCGUCUUUGAUUUCCCGGAUUGCCUCCCCUUCAAGGAGAACAGAGACUGCCCCCAGGCCGCCCCCACCCAAAACACCAACAAGCUGCUGACCGUCAACAUUCACAGCGGGGAGUUGCUGACGUGCGGUCACGUGUUUCAGGGCAUCUGCGAAAAGAGGAGUUUGGCCAACAUCUCCAACAUCAUUUACCAAACCAUAGACCCCGGUGACAACCAGUUUGUGGCCGCCAACGACCCCAAAGUCACCACUGUGGGAAUAGUCGAGAGGACGUCGCAGGGCCACGAUUACCUGUUUGUGGGUCGCGGUUUGACCGCCAGGCUCUCCAGUGGAAUACCGCCGAUCACCAUAAGGCAGCUAGAGAAGCCGUCGGUCUUCUCCAACGAGGGUCUGGGCAAGUUGGUGGUGGGAGACUUUUCGGAUUACAACAAUAUGUUCAUAAGCGUUUUCUCCAACCGAGGACACGUCUACUUCCUGUUCUACCGCCGCGGGUCCAAAUCGCAGAUGGAGUACAAAACCUACCUCGGCAGCGUGUGCGGCCAGGACCUCCACCUCUACUCCUACGUGGAAGUGCCUCUGGUGUGCCGGGGAGGCUACAACCUGGCGCAGGCCGCCCACCUCGAGGUCCGGAACCGGCAACUCUUUGUGGUCUUCGCCGCCAGCCAAGGUUCCAGUCCAAAUCCCAGCAGCCGGACGGCGUUGUGCUCCUACGGGAUGGAAGACGUAGAAGAGAGGAUGACGGCCGCCCGCGUCCUGUGCUACACCAAAAACGGCAGAGGGGCGAGCAUGCAGGAAGAGGCGGGAAUCGAGUACGGCGUGAAUUCUAAAUGCGGUACCCUCCCUGAGGAUUCGCCGCAGAACUUCCCAUGUGGAGGUGAUCACACCCCCAGCCCAAUAGCCAGCCGAGUUCCUGUCAGUGCGUCCCCUCUUCUCCCGUACGAGGCCAGCCUGACGGCAGUAGCCGCGCUCGCUGUGGGCUCCGACACCGUCGUCUUUCUGGGGGAUUCCGGAGGACACGUCCAUAAGGUAUUCGUGUCCUCUGGAAGCGGACAGAACUACAGCACGCUGACUCUGGCUCCUGGAUCUCCGGUCAGUCCUGACCUCAUACUGGAUGGAGAUAAGAAGAACUUGUAUGUAAUGACGGAGUCUCAGGUCUCCAAACUUCCAGUUGCGGAGUGCGCUCUCUCCUCGUCAUGUGAUGAAUGCGUACGUGCCAGAGACCCUUUCUGUGGGUGGUGUGUACUCCAAGGAAGGUGCACAGAGAAGCAGCAGUGCGAGAACAGCGACGCGGCUAACCAUUGGCUGUGGAGCUUCGACGAUCAGACCCGCUGUUUGUCCAUCCGGGAUCUCUCGCCAGCCAAUCAGAGCCGGCAGGAGCAGACGGAGAUCUCCAUGACGGUGCCCCAGCUUCCAGCUGUUGCCGAGGACGACGCUUGGAAAUGCGUCUUUAAUAAGUCAUCCAGCUAUGCGCAUGUGUAUGGCAACCAGGUCCGGUGCAGCUCCCCGCCGCCGGAGCAGCUGCCGCCCAAUCCGCAGGGGAAAGAUCACGUCGCCGUACGAUUAGCGCUGGUCUUCCAGGAAAUCACCGUUGCCGUGACCGACUUCAUCUUCUACGAUUGUACAGCCGUCAUGGAUUUAGCGGUCUCCAAGCCGUGCAGCGCGUGUGUGAGCAGUCCCUGGAGGUGUCACUGGUGUGUAUCUGACCACGCGUGUACCCACACCGCACAGUGCAGCCAGACCGUCAUCCACAACCAAGCGCCGUCGGGUCCAGACUUCUGCCCGAGAAUGGAGAGUGUUGAGGGGUCUCGUCUGAUUCCCGUUGGCCUGGAAAGGGAACUGGACCUCGUUGGACGUAAUCUUCACCUAUUGAACGGGGAAGCACUGGAGUACAGAUGCAUCAUAGAGGUGGCGGGUUCCCCCAUCACCCUGCGAGCGCAGGUGGAGAGAAUGUCCGGAGAAGAGGACCUGUAUUCGGUGCACUGCGAGACGCACAAGUACGAGUAUCCUCUCCAUGCGUUUGAGCAGCCGGUCACCGUGUACGUGACGAAGGGGGACGUCUACCGGGUAGAUAACAAGGACGAUAUGAAAGUGACCUUGUAUAGCUGCUCCGUUGGACAGUCGGACUGCAGCCGCUGCCAGGCGCUGGGCCCCGAGUACAUGUGUGUGUGGUGCGGGGAGGAAGGUGACGCAUCGUGCGUGCAGAGGGAUCAGUGUCAGCAGGCCGCCAUUGACGUUUGUCCCGCGCCUCGUAUCUUCUCCUUUUCUCCGUCCACUGGGAUUAUUGACGGCGGAACGAUCGUAACGAUUACUGGACAGAACAUGGGCCAGAAAGCAGAGGACGUGUCUGUGACGGUGGGUGAGCGGCCGUGCACCCUUCUGCCUCAUUUAUAUGUCGUCUCUAACAGAAUCGUGUGCAGUCUGUCAGCCAGUCAAGGCGUGGAGUCCGGGCAUGUGAAAGUCUCUGUCAGCGGCCGCGAACCCGGAGAGUCCACCCAAAUGUUCUACUACCAGGACCCCGAGCUCCACUCCCUGACUCCGGUGAGAGGUCCGAUGGCCGGAGGAACAAAGAUCACCAUCUCUGGAAUCAAGCUGUCCACCGGAGACACCAUUGCAGUGACAGUGGCAGACUUGCCUUGUGAAGUAUCCGGGAAUGUGACGGACGGUCGGAUAUGUUGCAUUACCAGCCCGAGUUCUGUGCGGCAGGAGGAGGCGCCAGUCCUUGUGUUCUAUGGUGAAGUAAAGCGAAGCCUGGAGGGAACGUUGUACAACUACACGGAGAAUCCCACCAUCUCCUCCGCUUCCCCAUCCAAAGCCUUUUAUGGGGGCGGGCGACUUAUCUCUGUCACUGGUUCAAACUUGGAUGCCGUUCAGACUCCCCAUAUGACGGCUCUGAUCAAGUCUCCCCCAGAAGAGCUUCGGAAUGGAAAUGGCGUUCACCGCAGGAAGAGGAGGAGGAGGGAACUGGGGCGCAGUAUUGUGCAGGAGGUGAGAGAGAUCUUUGGCACUUUAACUCUAAAGAGAGCCAGUGCAGGGAUCGGCAGAGGGAUCGGCAUAGCCGUUCCUGAGAACGCCGCCAUUGUGGACGUGCUCUUUGUCCUGGACAAUGUUCGGAUUCCGUUCGGCAGUCUCGGGGAGAGCUUCACCUACCUUAGGAACCCGACUCUGAAACCUCUGAACAGAGACAACCCGAAUAAACCCUACAGCCUGAAGCCUGGGAACGUGCUGGACAUAGAGGGAGAAGGUUUGGACACGGGGAUUCAGAAGGAAGAAGUUCGCGCAAUGAUUGGAAAUGGCGUCUGCACAGUGAAAACUCUCACCCACAACCACUUGUACUGCGAGCCGCCACUCGCCGCGCCGCAGCCGCUGGAUGCCGGCGCCCCUUUGCCUCAGUUUGUGAUUCACAUGGGGAAUCUCCGCUUCAACCUCGGACAAGUGAAAUACGACGUUGAGGGACAAUCGAGUUUUCCCCGAGAGGCCAAGAUUGGACUGGGAGUCAGCGCAGCUCUGCUCGUCCCUAUUGUCCUCAUCAUCAUUUUCAUGUACAGGCGGCAGAGUAAGUUGGCAAUGAGAGAUUAUAAGAAGGUUCUCGUGCAACUGGAGAACCUGGAGACCAGCGUGGGGGAUCAGUGCCGCAAAGAGUUCACUGAUCUCAUGACGGAAAUGAUGGACCUCACCAGUGAUAUUGAAGGCUCGGGCAUUCCCUACCGAGAUUACAACACCUACAUUGAAAAGAUCUUCUUCCCUGGAGACACCGUCUCGCCUUUGCGGAAGAAUUUGGAUGUUCCGGAAAACAGGAGGACCACCGUGGAGCAAGGCCUGAACCAGCUCUCCAACCUCCUCAAUAACAAGCUGUUCCUCACCAAGCUGAUCGAGACGCUGGAUGCCCAGUCUACAUUGUCGCAGCGAGAUCGCUGCCACGCGGCGUCUUUACUCACCGUGGCUCUGCACGGCAAGCUGGAGUAUCUCACCGAUGUCAUGAAGACUCUGCUGUGCGAGCUGAUAGAGCAGUGUGUGGCCAAGAACCCGAAACUGCUCCUGCGCAGGACGGAGACCAUCGUGGAGAAGCUGCUGACCAACUGGAUGUCCAUCUGUCUGCAUUCCUUUCUCCGGGAGGCGGCGGCAGAACCUCUCUACAUGCUGUACAGCGCCAUCAAGUAUCAGGUGGAUAAGGGCCCGGUGGACGCCGUGACGGGGAAGGCCAAGCGCACCCUGAACGACGGGCGUCUCCUGCGGGAGGACAUCGAGUACCGGCCGAUGACGCUCACCGUUAUAGUGAAGAACGGGACGGAGGUGCAGAGGGUGCCGGUCAGAGUGCUGGACACCGACACCAUCACUCAAGUGAAAGGGAAGAUUCUGAAUCAUGUGUACAAAGGAACCCCCUUCUCCCUCCGGCCCGCAGCGCACACGCUGGAUCUGGAGUGGCGCGCCGGGCAAGCCGGACAUUUGACUUUAUCAGACGAGGACCUGACGUCGCAGGAUCAGGAUCAGUGGAAGAGAUUUAAUACUCUGCACCAUUAUAAGGUUCCUGAUCUGGCGACUGUGGCUCUGAUACCGCGGUUACAUAAUAAUCUGUGCGAGACGCCAAACUGCAGCUUCCUGAGUGGAGAAAAAACUCCGAUGCUGGAGGACGGAGAGGACGGCGGCAUCAGAAUGUGGCACCUGGUGAAGUCCAUGGAGGAACCAGAACCGUGCCGGAGGCGCAGCAGUUUGAGGGAGAGGGAGCGCGCCAAAGCCAUUCCUGAGAUCUACCUGACGCGUUUACUCUCUAUGAAGGGGACGCUGCAGAAAUUUGUGGAUGACACAUUCCAGGCCAUGUUGGGGGUGAACCGGCCCGUUCCGAUCGCCAUCAAAUAUAUCUUCGACUUCCUCGAUGAAAUGGCGGAGAAGCACGAGAUCGGGGACGCCGAGACCGUCCAUAUCUGGAAGAGCCGCAGUCUGAUGCAGAGGUUCUGGGUCCUCAUACUGAAAAACCCUCAAAUGGUCUUCGAUAUCGAGGUGUCUGACAACGUAGACUCCAUCCUCGCCGUCAUCGCUCAGACCUUCAUCGACUCCUGUACCAUCUCCGAGCACAAGGUUGGCAGAGACUCGCCCGUCAAUAAACUUCUCUACGCGCGUGAAAUUCCGCGCUACAAGCAGAUGGUGGAGAAGUACUAUGCCGACAUCCAGCAAGCGACCCCGGCCAGCUACCAGGAAAUGAAUUCUUCUCUCACUGAGCUCUCGGGGAUUCACGCGGCGGACCUCAGCUCUCUGGUGGCUCUGCACGAACUCUACAAUUACAUCAACAAGUACUAUGAUCAGAUCAGCGCAGCUCUGGAGGAAGAUCCCAACGGGCAGAAGAUGCAACUUGCAUACCGCCUGCAGCAGAUCUCGGCACUGGUGGAAAACAAAGUCACGGACUUAUAAUAAACCCGCUGAACCAGUCACCACCACCUCGGUAGACACUG